UAUGUUUUGUAUCUUUCCCGCUCAAAAUUGUCAAGAUUGCGAGCGUUCAUCAAUGUGAUUCCUUUUUCCACAAUGUGACUCCUUCCGCGAAUAUUCACCCUUUCGUAGCUCUCACUCUGAGAAAAACUUUUCUUCUGUAUAAUCUAGCGACGAAACAAAAAUAGUCUCGCACGCGAUCCCUUAGAAAGUUUCCGCGUGUACGAUGUUGACUCUUUCUUCGACGUGGCUUUACAAUUUUCUGUUUUCUGUACGCAAGCGCAUACGAAUCACGAACUCUCUGCAAUCGAACAUGGAACCAACUACAGUAGAGGACAAACACGCGUCGGCUCACCAUCGGCUGCUGCAGAAAGAGCAUUGAAUUUUACAACGUUAUACAAUUUUAUAAGACAAACUCGAGACACGUAGCAACGACAAAGCUAGAUAGAUUGAUUCACCAGGUCGCGAGAUGUUUGUCAAUGAAAAUCACGAACAAGACAUAAACUAUACUUUCGAGCUGAGUCGCAUCGUCUUUCGCCUGCUGGGUGUCUGGCCGUUCGAACGUGUGAAGUCCUGGUUUCCUGAGACACUCGAGACAGCCUCCGUGGUCUUCAUUUCCUAUAUCCUCCUCACCUGCGAAUUGGUACCGGCGAUUCUCUACAUGGUCUUAGUGCAAAAAGAAAGUCGCGCGAGGCUCAAAGUCAUGGGCACUGUAAUAUUCACGGUAUUGGCUAUGGCCAAAUAUGUUCAGUUGCUGUCCCGCAAGAGUCAAGUGAAGAACUGUCUGUUGCAUGUGAGGGAAGACUGGCAGAACGUCGUCAGCACCGACAAACGUAGUGUGAUGAUGGAGAAAGCCAGAACUGGAAGACGUUUGCUGAUAUUAUGCGGCAUAUUCAUGUACUCGACAGGGGUGUCCUUUCGCACGAUUAUACCGUUGUCCAAAGGGAAGAUAGUUACCGCUGAGAACAUCACGAUCAGGCACCUGCCGUGUCCGACUCAUUUCGUUCUGUUCGACGUGCAGUUCAGCCCGGCCUACGAAAUAGUGUUCCUUUUGCAGUUCUUUUCGGGUUUUGUCAAGUGCACGAUCACCACGGCGGUGUGCGGCCUUGCGGGCCUCUGUGUGAUGCAUAUCUGCGCCCAGCUGGACAUACUAAUAACGCUGAUGAACGACUUGGUAAAGGAACGCGAACUUAAGAACGUGAACGACAAAUUGGCCGUUAUAGUAAAGCAUCAGAUUAAAACGCGAAAUUUUUUACAAUUGGUACAGAACACGCUGCAAUAUUCAAGUCUGAUGGAAAUUACGGGAUGCACUAUAAUCGUGUGCCUCAUAGGAUAUUAUGUUAUCAUGGAAUGGGAGGACAACAAUGCCGCAGCUUUAUGCUCGUAUAUCAUUGGGCUCAUAUCCAUUGGUUUCAAUAUAUUCAUCUUUUGCUUUAUUGGGGAGCAACUUUCGACAAAGGGAGAGAAAGUGGCGUUAACAGCAUGUACGUUGGAAUGGUACCGUCUUCCCGAUGCACAAGCGCGAUCGCUGAUUCUGGUCAUUGCCAUGUCGAAUAUUCCGAUGAAGUUCAGAGGUGGAAAGUUCAUCGAUUUAUCUUUUCGAACAUUCGGCAACGUCGUUAAGACAGCUGUGACGUAUUUAAAUCUUCUUCGGUCUAUUAUUGGCUGAAUUCAAAUACUCAGCAGAUACUAGCAUACUAGCAGAUGUAUAGUCUUCGUAGAAAUGUCCAAUAUUAAAAUAAAAAUAGUAAGUUAUCAAGGUAUAGAAACUGCGAAACACAUUAUUCUAGCAUGAUAGCAAGGAUGACGAGAAAUGCUCUAUAAAAAUAAAUAUUA